AUGCGAGGCUUCAACAAAACUUCUAAGCCCGACUUGCGGCACUGUCACUGCUCCGAAUGCCGCGGUAAGCUGGUUCCCCGACAGAUCAAGAACAAGCAUGAACGAGAGCAGGCCGCUGCAACAUCGCAUGCGGCACUUGGGGGUCGCGGUAAAGGCUUCGUCGCAUCUCUCUUGUCUAAAGUCAGGGGUCGUGGUCGCGGCGGCGCAAACCCUCAGGCAUCCUCGACAGCAGACGCAGUCCCCGGCGAGUCUCCAUCCAGCUUGAUGUCCAAUGUAACGACAGCAGAGUUCUUCUCUCAAACUCGUAACUCUGGUCUACAUUACAGUCCACCAGCUCCCGGUGAUUAUAUGCCUAUGGAUCACUCGAGGGACGCGUUCGAGACCGACUUCGGACCAGUCGACGCCGGUAAUGACGUGGAUAUGGAUGCUCACGCAAACUCUCUGGAGCAUAUAUGCGCACCAAUCACAAAAAACCCGAUGUUUAUUGCCCCUGAUCCAUCACUCGCAGCCCCCACUCUCGCGACUACGGCCUGUCCUGACCUAUCUCGUCGACUACCAAGUUCUCCAACAGUAUCAGUCUCGUUUGACGAGCGUACCGCUCUUACUCGUGACCUCCAGUCUUCCCCUGAUGCAUCAGUUUCACCCAAACAUGCAGCACCCGAGGCUGUGCCAGAUAAUCCUGCCUCGAAUACACUGACCGUGAAUAUCAUAGGCGCUUCCUCGGCUCCUGAGGGUUGCCUGCCAGCCCUGCGCCGUUCAACAUGUCCCCGCCAACCUCGCAUCGUUACUGAGGUGCUUUCUUUGGCCGAGAAGGCUGCAGCUGCAGCAAAUGACCCUCCGCUCGGACUCUACGACGACCCUGAUGAUGGUGAUGCUCUUCAAGGGGACCUUGCGACCACACUAGACUCUGGCGACGAUAGCGACGAGAGUGGUGCUCCUCGCACUGCCGUACCUCCGGCCGCUCUGGCGCUGAUUGACAUCAAGCCUCUGGAGCCUAUGUUGCCUGCGGCAGACACAUAUAGUCUAUCAAACAAGAGGUGGUAUGUCCAUGCAGUCCUCCUCGUCAUAUAUCUGCAGACCGUCCAUCAUGUGACAUUCCGUGCAUGCGGUAUCAUCCUCUUCACGACCCGUGCUAUCUUCCUGGGUCUGGGGGUCCUUUCUGAGGAUGAUCGGAUGCCUGUCAGCUAUAAGACAGUGGUCAGGGAUCUCGAACUCGAGGAUAGGUUUCAAGUCCACCCUGCAUGUCCCGAUUGUCAAUGUCUUUUCCCUCAGGAUCUUCCGGCAGACGCGGAAUGUCCGGGAUGUAAUGUUCGUCUUUUUAUCAGUAAGCAUGCUACCAUCUUCGAGAAACUCAUGGGACGCGCCCCACCUCGCCCGUAG